AUGAAUCAUCAUGAUGAAUUUGAUUAUACCACAACUUUCCUCAGAAGCAGUGGGACCACCUUUGCAGGACUUGCAGAAGAGAUCCCAGGUUCCACAGAGGAGAUUGGAACCACAGCAACUGGACACAAAACAGCAGCCACAACUUCCCAUGCAGCAAGUGGAACCACCACAGGCACUCCUGGGGCCCCCUCUUCUACCACAGCUGCACCUGGGAGCCCCAACUCAGGUGCCACCCUGAAAGCAUCUGAGACAACCACUGCCCCUGGAGUUACCACCACAGUUUCCACUUCAGUUGCAGCUAGAGCCACAACAGGCCCCCACAUAGAUCAGUCAGUCUGUCAUGGUCCACUGGGAGAAGAAAAAUUUCCUGGGGACACAUGGACAUCUAAUUGCCAUGAAUGCACCUGCACUAAUGCAAACGCUGUAGAAUGUACGCCUAGAGAGUGCCCCUCCCCACCCAAGUGCAGCGCGGAUCAGAAGCUCAUAACACUCACAUCUAAUGAUACCUGCUGUGAAAUUGGACACUGUGAACCAAGAACAUGUUUAUUUAACAAUACUGAUUAUAAGAUUGGUGCUUCUAUUCAUGACCCCAGCAACCCAUGCCUCUCCUACUCCUGUAACAGCUCUGGCUUGGUGGCAGUGGUUCAAGACUGCCCAAAGCAAACCUGGUGUGCAGAAAGAGACAGAGUCUAUGAUUCCAAAAAUUGCUGUUAUACAUGUAAGAAUGAUUGCAGAACUUCCCCUAUAAAUGUGACUAUUAAGUAUAAUGGUUGCAGGAAGAAAAUUGAAAUGGCAAGAUGCUUAGGGGAGUGCAAAAGGACUGUCAGAUACAAUUAUGAUCACUUUCAACUGGAAAAUUCUUGUCUUUGCUGCCGUGAAGAAAGCUAUGAGUUCAGGGAUGCUGAGCUUGACUGUUCUGAUGGAAGCACAGCCCCUUACAGAUACAGGCACACCACAGCCUGCUCUUGUUUGGACCAGUGUGAGCAGUCUACAGCCAGUUAA